AAAAGCGGUGACGUUGCAAGCUAAUGAUCACAAAAUGUCUUAUCCAUUUCCCCUUCACUCAAACUAGUGCUCACUUAAUUAAUAAAGUGCCCAAAUUCAGAAAGAAAAAAAAAAGAUACUACAAACAAGCAACACUCCUUAUACUCAAUGUUCAAUCUAUUUUCAUGAGUUUGCAGUUGGUGGUAAUACGGUUGAAGAAUGGCUCUUGCCCCUCAUUCAAAUUUUCUGGCCAACCAUGAAACCAUCAAAUAUUAUGUUGGGUCAAAGCUUCCCGGUCAUAAAAGGUUUAGCUGGGGUUGGGAAGAUUACUUUGGUAGUAUAGUCGUAGCAAAAAUUUGUUCCAGCAGACGGAUACCUAGAUACUUUCGAAAAUCUCCUAGAAUAUGCUGUGGUUUGGAUUCAAGAGGUCUGCAACUAUUCUCACACGGGAAACACAAUCUCUCUCCCGCACAUAGCAUUAACCAGAAUGUACCUAAGGGAAAUUCAGGAUGCAAAUUUCCAAAAGAUGUAGCUUUGAUGGUUUGGGAGAAAUGGGGCCAAUUUGCCAAAACAGCAAUUGUAGCUAUAUUCAUUUUGUCAGUUGCUUCAAAAGCUGAUGCGGUUGAUGCUCUCAAGACUUGUACUUGCUUACUGAAAGAGUGCAGGUUAGAGCUUGCGAAGUGCAUUUCGAACCCUGCAUGUGCAGCUAAUGUUGCCUGUCUCCAGACUUGCAACAAUAGACCUGACGAAACGGAAUGUCAGAUAAAAUGUGGUGAUUUGUUUGAAAACAGUGUCGUAGACGAGUUCAAUGAGUGUGCAGUCUCCCGAAAGAAAUGUGUACCUCGUAAAUCUGAUGUUGGUGACUUUCCUGUACCUGAUCCCAGUGUUCUUGUCCAGAAGUUUGACAUGAAAGAUUUUAGCGGGAAAUGGUUCAUUACUCGCGGUUUGAAUCCCACUUUUGAUGCUUUUGAUUGCCAAUUGCAUGAGUUCCAUACAGAAGAAAACAAACUUGUGGGGAAUUUAUCUUGGAGAAUACGUACACCUGAUGGAGGAUUUUUUACUCGAUCAGCGGUGCAAAAAUUCGUGCAAGAUCCAAAGUAUCCGGGGAUACUCUACAAUCAUGAUAAUGAGUAUCUUCACUACCAAGAUGACUGGUAUAUUUUGUCAUCCAAAGUAGAAAAUAGUCCAGAGGAUUACAUAUUUGUGUACUAUAAGGGCAGAAAUGAUGCAUGGGAUGGAUAUGGUGGUUCUGUACUUUACACAAGAAGUGCAGUUUUGCCUGAAAGCAUUAUACCGGAGUUGCAAACCGCAGCUCAAAAAGUUGGGCGUGAUUUCAACACAUUCAUAAAAACAGACAAUACAUGUGGCCCUGAACCUCCCCUUGUUGAGAGGUUGGAGAAGAAAGUGGAAGAAGGAGAAAGGACGAUCAUAAAAGAAGUUGAGGAGAUAGAAGAAGAAGUAGAGAAGGUGAGAGAUAAAGAAGUCACCUUAUUCAGUAAACUGUUUGAAGGUUUUAAAGAGCUCCAACGAGAUGAAGAGAACUUCUUAAGAGAGCUGAGCAAAGAAGAAAUGGAUGUUUUGGAUGGACUUAAAAUGGAAGCAACUGAGGUAGAAAAACUUUUUGGGCGUGCUUUACCAAUAAGGAAAUUAAGGUAAGUAUUUUUAAAACUAUCAACAUAUAUACUACAUGUAUAGUUGUAUUUGAUUCUUUUGCCUGGAAUAGAUUGCUUAUACAUCAUGUAUUGCUUCUUUUUCAGAAGCAUAAUAAUAUAUUUCUUCUCCUUUUAAACCGUUA